CUUAAGAUCACGGACUUUCCGUGUACUUGUGUGUAUGUGUGUGUCUGUGGGUGUGUAUAAAUAUAAGUGUGUAUAUGUGUGUAAGUGUGAGUGCGUGCAUGAGAGGGAGGAGAACGAGAGAGCGACAGAGAGAAAUGAGCCUGCUGCGUUUAAAAAUAGAGAGAGAGAAACGUCGAGAAGGCUCCCAAGUGCUUUCCUCUUCACGCUGGCAAACCAGGAGGUAUAGCCCAGCACGCUUCCUGAUAGAGUUUUGCAGCUCUGUUGAGGGAGGAGCAUUGCAGGCAGUCAGCAGCACACGAGCGCGGAGGGAGUAGUGCUCCUGCCACACCUCAGGAAGACUUGCUAGCAAUCAUGCUCCACUAACAAGAGAAAGAGGAGGUGGUCUGCAUUUUUGGUUUCUUAAGAAAGAGGGACAAAAAAAUCCGAAGAUGAAUCCCAGAAUGCCUUGAGUGCUUCUUCCUCUAUUCGAGUGCAUCGGAGGAAACAGGAAUAUGAGGUUGGUACUGAGAAGUGCCUUUCCUGGAAUCUCUGCUGCUUGGAACAGCUGCUAGGGCAGUCUCUGCUUUUUUUGCCUUGCUUGCUACCAGCUAGACUGCGUCAACUGCAUAUCCAACCCCUCCAGCUUUAGUACAAUUGCCCGCCCCCCCCCCCCAUACCCCUGUCUUUUUCCCCUUCAUCCCCUUCUCCUUCAUUCCCACCUUGAUCUUAAAGAGAGAGAGAGAUAGAGGGAGAGAGGGAGAGAGAAGUAGAGUGAAAGGAAGAACUGUUCACAGUAUUUCAGGCUGGCAUUUCUUUUGCUAUGUCACUGUAACAAGCAAAGAAUUAUAACUUUACCAAAAAAAAACAACUCUGCCAGAAAGAUCUGCCUGAGACAAUUUGAGGGAAUUACGAGAACAUAAACGAGAGGAGGGGAUCGCUUUAAGUUGCAGCAACUGGAGUGGCAGACUCAUCGAUAUCGAUCGCACACGCCGCUUGUUAAAUCAGCUGGUUCGAUAUUGCGUCUUUGGAUUACUAUAGAGAAAGCAACCGAGGCAACUCACUCAGCAAAAAGGUUGUCCUAAUUCACUGGAUUUAAAACGGAAUGUAUCACUGAGAGUCCGAAACCCAUCACGGUUCUGGCGUACAUCUCCUUGACAUUUUUCAGUGGAAAUAAAAAGAAAGUUUUUUUAAAAAAUUGGAUUCACUUACUUCAAGAACACCUCGCCUCUCUAAUGCCAGCCGCUUCUUCAGAGGGGAAACCUACCCGUGGUGAUCUUUACAGCGAAAAAGCCUUCGAAACGUGAAGAAAGAGCGUUCUUUUAUUUCCCGCCACCCUCCCCUCCCACCAAGCAAGGUCAGAUUUUUCCUUUGACCGAUCUACAUUGCACCGCAGUUUGCCUGUUAAAGCUCCUGGAAUAUCUCACCCGCCUGUUAGCUCACAAACAUGGCCGUCAGCGUGGCACAGAUACGGGACACAAAAUGGCUGACGCUGGAAGUGUGCCGAGAAUUCCAAAGAGGCACCUGCUCACGGCCCGACACGGAAUGUAAAUUUGCACAUCCUUCCAAAAGCUGUCAAGUGGAAAAUGGACGUGUCAUCGCCUGUUUUGACUCACUGAAAGGUCGCUGCUCCAGAGAGAACUGCAAGUACCUUCACCCACCACCCCAUUUAAAAACACAACUGGAGAUAAAUGGAAGGAAUAACCUGAUACAGCAGAAGAACAUGGCGAUGCUGGCCCAGCAGAUGCAAUUAGCCAAUGCCAUGAUACCUGGAGCUCCACUGCAACCCAUGAUGACGGAUGGUGGACAGCGAGGGUGGUGGUUUAAUGAGCCAAUGUUCUCUGUCACAACGGGGCUAGCGACUAACCCCACCACAGCCUUCAACCCCUACUUGGGACCCGUCUCCCCAAAUCUAGUGCCAGCUGAGAUCCUCCCCAGCGCGCCAAUGCUGGUGACGGGAAACCACGCCGUUCCGGUCCACACUGCGGCCGCUGCCCAGAAGCUGAUGAGGACUGAUCGACUGGAGGUCUGCAGGGAGUUCCAGCGUGGCAACUGCACCAGGGGCGAGAACGACUGCCGCUUCGCCCACCCGGCAGACAUCGCAAUGGUGGACACCAACGAUAACACGGUCACCGUCUGCAUGGAUUACAUCAAGGGGCGGUGCUCCCGGGAGAAGUGCAAGUACUUCCACCCCCCUGCCCACCUGCAAGCCAAGAUAAAGGCAGCACAACACCAAGUGAACCAAGCUGCUGCCGCCCAAGCGGCGGCUACUGCAGCCGCUAUGACUCAGUCGGCUGUCAAAUCACUGAAGCGACCCCUCGAGGCAACCUUUGACCUGGGUCUUCCUCCCGGUGUCCUUCCCCCACUACCAAAGAGACCUACACUAGAAAAAGCCAAUGGUGCCACGACAGUGUUUAAUACUGGUGUUUUCCAAUAUCAACAAGCCCUUGCAAACAUGCAGCUACAUCAACAAACAGCUUUCAUCCCUCCAGGCUCAAUAUUGUGCAUGACACCCGCUACAAGUGUUGUACCCAUGAUGCACGGUGCUAAUCCUGCGGCCGUUUCCGCGGCAACAACGUCUGCCACAAGUGUCCCCUUUGCAGCCACGGCAACCACCAAUCAGAUGCCCAUAAUAUCUGUGGAUCAUCUGGCUAGUCACAAGUAUGUUACUCAGAUGUAGACUAUUUCUUGGUUGAACAAUCAGUGUGAAGAGACAGUGUGCAGGGAAGCCAUUACACAGCAAGGGGUCAACAGCCAUCCUGUAUAUACCACCAUCCAAUCACCAAUCUAUCGCAGUCCUCCCUCCCUCCCUCACCCACCAACCUUUCCACCUUCAGCAUGCUAACAAAAUGGAAGUAUGGUCAUCCUGAACAUGAUACAGGAGAAGAGUGCUGCACACUGAGGCUUGCAUAGCCUGUCUGUUCUACUGAGAAUAAGGCUAAAGGGAACCUUAUCUAUUGUUCAGCAUACAACAUCGUUUGCCUUUCCUCAGUAUUGGGCUUUACAUCAGCUCGGAAGACAAUGCAUAAAUGAUGCCCAUUCCAUUAACACACCUUGUGUCUCCCUCUCUCCCAGUCAACGCCCCACCCUCACCCCCAGUGGAAAGGUAAACUCUGAUGUACACUUUAGUAUACAGUAUAUACUGGUACGCCUGCAAACCAUACAGAUCAUUUUGGUGUUAGGUUUAAAUGGUUUUCCUACAAGUUUACAAAAGUGGAAAAAAAAAGAGAAAAAAAAACAAAAAUAGUGCACCUUGUAUUUAAAAGAAAUACUAUUUUCCCAUUUUCACUAAAAAUCAAUUGUGCAUGUACAGUGAUCUGUGUUAUGGUUAUAUUCUAAUGGAUUGUAAGAAAGAUUUAAAGAGGCAAUGGACAGAUGAAUGUGCUGGGCAAAAUAUAAAUACAAACCAAGUUUGUUCUUUCUUUAAAGCACAUUGUAGCUUUAAAUACUGUGUCGUAAAUAUGUUGGAAGUACACGUGCCAUUUGAGGCUGUACAUCUAACCCUAAAGUAUUAUUCCUGCAGUGUUAAAGCAUUUAUCCAAUUCAGUGUAUUUCAAACUUGCUUCAAAGUGAGUUAUGCUACUUUACAUCCAGAUUCCUCUCAGAAAUGGCAUCCCACUCCAGAGUGAAUAGCAUAACACGCAGCAAAUAAAAUAGUAAUUUUCUUUCUUUUUUUUAGAAAAAGCAAUCAUUGUAGACCACUGAUGCACAUUAUUAAUAUCCGCCAGUGAUAUUAAUCAUGAAAAAAUAAGAAAAAAAACAAUGUCAUGACCAAUAUCCAUUAUCAGUAUUGUCAUUUCUCUUUUGAUGCCAUACUGGUUCACACAGAGUGGGAACGAGUCAACUCCAGUGAAAAGAAUUUUCUCGCCAUUAAUCGCCAAACAAGGUGCCAUGUUUCAGAGACUUGGAAAGAUGGCCCACGUUUCUGUGCAGUUUUAAUUUGCCCCAAAUUCUUUUGUCCCAAAACAAAGCCAGAAGUCAAAUAAGACUAUAAAACUGUCUCUACAUGGAGAUUAAAAUAAAAACUGCUUUGUGCUGAAUGUCAUUGCAGUCACACACUUUACAUAGUCAGACAACAUUAUGGAAAGUGACUCUAAACUAGAUUACCUUAAGGUCGAACGAAGCACUGUCAUAAAAUGCAUGAUAAACCAAAAUAUAAAUGUUUGUUAAAAGUAGUACCAGGGUGGGAUAUGUAUCUGGGUGAAUUUUAUAUGUGACUUUUUUUUCAAAGUAAUUGCAUUUAGCCUUAGAAAGCCUUCAAAAAAAACAAAAAAAAAGAAUAUUAGUUGUGUAUUUUUAAUGGGUUCAUCCAAAGGAAUUCCUUUUAUUAUUUUGUUUUCCCGAUAGGAAUCUUUUCUUUUCAGCAGCUUGAUAAAGAGGUUUUAGUAGAGAUCUGUUCAGCAAAUGAUGGAUCAGAUGUUGUAGUGGGGCCAGGUUACUUGAAGUAUCCUCGUCGGAAUGGAAGAGGUGAAAGUUCAUUUCAUGAACUGUCCAUAAUUCCGAGCUCACUGCAAAGUUUUAUUUUUUAAGGUAGAAUUUGAAAGGUGUACUUGGUAGUUUUAAAAGGGGUUGUUGCAUUGAUUUUAUUGAUUGUACUGUACAUCUAUUAAAGCCUUAGAUUAUAUAUUACGGGUUGAAACCCAUUUUAAAUGUAACUUCAAACCUGUUAAGGAGCACAUAGACUUCAUUUGUUGCUCUAGUACUUACAUACUAGGACUUUGCUUAUUUCAAUUCUUUUAAGUUUGUAGUCUCUUACAUAUAAUAUUAGAUUUGUUUUAAUUUUUUAAUAUGUUUAAAUGUCUGAUAUUAUUUUCAUAUUUUAGUUGAUAGAUUAUCUUUUAUUUCAUUUAUUGGAAGUCACUGAUAAAAGAUUUCCAAGAAGUUUUGUUUUGACAAAGUGAUUUUGUUUUCCCCCUCUACCCCUUUUCAACAUUGUGUAGUAUCAUUUAAUUUUUCAUCAUAGUACAACAGCAUAAAGAAUGGAUUAUAGUUUACUGAUUUAUGAAUUACAAGCAUCAAUCAUUGCUACUUCUAUCAUUCAGAGAACAAAGACCUUUUAUAUGGAUAUCUUACAAUGAUCAUUUCAUUGUGAAGUAUGAAGUUAAGUUGUUGCUAUAGCAACAAUACAGGCAGACAAUUGCAUAAUGUUUAGAAGAUUUACUUUGUUUGUAAUUAUAGUCAUUAUGAAAAUCUCUAGUUCCUAGAUAUUAGAACUGAAAAUUAUUUUCUACUGUAACCAUUUGAGAAUAGUAAGAUAUUGUUCGUUGGGUAUAUUUUAAUCUCCCUCAUCUAAAUAUCAGAACUUCAUUAAAUAGGAGAUGCAUAAUCAAUAGAUCAAGAGAUUUUUUAUGUCAUGAAUUCAAAUAUUAAUCAAAGCUUACUUAUAAGAAAAGAGAAUUAAUCUGAAUUAUGUGUGCAGACACUUGAGGGUUGAUUAUGCUGCAGUUUUGGAGAUAAGAAAGUUGAUCGGUCCUACGGGGAAAGUUGACUUUUUGCACUUCUGUAUAUAGUCAAGGAGAAGGAAACCUGUAAAAUAGUAAGAUCUUAUUUUGAAUAAAAAAAAUGUCUAUAAUAACAAGGAAUUUUGUUAAGGUCAUUAAAACGACAGGCUGAAUAAAAAAAUAUUUAAAAAAAAAGCUUGCAAAAAUUUAAAAAAUGUUAAUGGGCACAGAUUUAAGCACCUCGUAACCCUAUCCCCGACGCCCGCCCCUUCAAAAAAAAGGCAAAAUAUUGCUUUGCUUUAAUGUGAACAGCUUGUAGUUUGCCAGGAUUUUUUUCAGCUAAAACGAUAAACAUCCUCCUGAGAUCAUCGGGGAGAGGACAAUGGGGAGCCCAAUUUUAACCCGACACCACCCAUCACGAAACAGGUAGGGUUGGGGCGUGUGUUUAUUCUCAUACACUCACAACCACCCUGGCCCCAAUCUCCCACCGCCCACCAGCCCAAUUGUACUCCAGGUAAAGUCAAUGGGAGCAACGUUAGGUCAGAGGAGACGUCCAGUGGGAGGGUAGAUGUAGAACAGAUUCCUGCCUGACCCCAUAGGAACAGUGAUUCUUACUUGAUCCGGUGGGAAUGGGGAAUCCUUGACUGAUCCGGUGGGAAUGGGGAUUCCUGCCUGAUCCCACAGGGCUCUUGGCUGGCCUACUUGAGUUGAACAUUGCAUCACCUCCCAUCACCACACACUGGCCCCAGUCACUCCCCUCUCCCACUCCCCCCACCCCCUUCCCACAUCCCACCAACACGCAAUCCACCUGCUCCCAAUGCCCCCUCAAUAUUUACCCAUGACUGACAAUGUUGCACAGGUUCAAAGCUCCAGUGCAGAUCAUCACCGACCAGGUCAGACACUUCGAUUAUCAACAUCACAACAGAAGAAUUUUCACUCCACUCAACGACAGAAAAUAUCAAACUCCUUACAAAAUAAAUCUACUGCAUGUUUUAAAAGUUCUUUUCUAAUCAAUAACCAAAAGGAAACUACAGUUUAAAAGUAUGUAUUUUAGUCUUAUCAAGAACAGGUUCUGUAUAUGGAUUUUGAUGGUGAACUUCUAAUGGGAAGUAAAAAUUACAUAUAUGGAUAUAUAUCAACUGGCUCCACAAUUUCAUUUAAUGACUAUAUGUCAACAAUGUCAGAUUAGUCAUGGAGAGAUCACCCAAACAGCAAAUGCCCACAUGACUUUUUUGCUCUUGUAAUUCCUGUUCCUUUUUGCAGUUGAGUCUAUACCUUAUUUUUUUUUGAAUAAUCCAAGUCAUUUUUUUUCUUUAAAAAAAACAUACCACUGUGAAUUGGAGAAACAGAAAUUGGCCAGGUUCUCUUCCUUUUAACCCCCUUAUUUUUGGAAUAAAAAGGACAUUCAGUGUCAGGGAACCAGGGUCGAAUUUCGUCCUCUGUUGUAUGCUCGAUUUAGUAGCGCGUGCAAGUGUUUUGCAGAAUUCAGUUCCACUGAAGUCAAUGUAAACUGUAAUUCAUCGUGCAUUCAAUACAGUGGCAUGUGUGUACAGCACAGAACAGAGGGCAAACUUCACCCCUGGAAGAGAAGAAAGGAAACUCCUGGAGGAGGUGUAGGGAGAAGGAAAGGGAGAAAGGUUUGAGAGAGUGGAUCAGCAAGUGCAAUUUUGGAACCCUCCACUCCACUCUGGGUUUGGCGGUGCAGUGAUUAAGUGACUGGACCACCGGCCAGAAUAUUGGAUCAUUGAUCCAGCGAGUUUCAAGCCCACCUUGGCAACUGGAGAAUGCAAAUUCAAAGAAUUAACUCCAUCUGGAAUUUAAACAAAUGCCAGUCUCAAUAACUGGAAAUAUAAAGCUACUAGAUUGUUGUAAAACCCAUCUGAUUUACUAAUGCUCAUCAGGGAAGGACACCUCACCUGGUCCGGUAUAUAUGUAACUCCAGACCCACCAAAGAGGUAGACUCUUAAAUGGCCUCUGUAAUUCAGGGGAAAUUAGGGAUGGGCAACAAAUGCUGGUGUAGCUAACAACAUUUGAGUUCUGUGAACGUAUAUGUUUUUUUUAAAUGCCCACUCAAUGAUUUUAAUUUUUUUUUAAAAUUUGGACAAAAUGAUCAUUCAAAUUUGGUAAGAAUGUGUCCUAAUUGCAAGGCCAUAACCACAGCUGCCAAAAGGACUGGAGCUUGGUUUUAUGAUUGUAUAAUCACAGGCUCUCUUUUUAUUUUGAUGUUUUCCCGCUCGUAGUUGCCGAUAUAGUAUACUCUGUCCUUGGCUGCCAAUUGUUUUAUUAUUAUUACUGCUAUAUCUUUGAUUCUUGCUGUAUGGAAUUAAAAAAAAAUAAAGAUAAAAUUACCAACAAAAAAAA